AUGUCCUUCGAACUUCCCGCCACAAUGAAAGCGGUUGUUUUCCGUGGACCCUUGGAUGUCCAAGUUGAACAAAAGCCAACCCCCAGAAUAGAAAACCCCACCGACGCAAUAGUCAAAGUUGAAUAUGCCGGUUUAUGUGGAUCAGAUAUGCAUACGUAUAGGGGCCACAUAAAGGGUAAACCGGGCACCAUAGUCGGCCACGAAUUCACGGGCACUGUCGUUGCAGUAGGUGCAGACGUUUCAAAAUUCAAGCCCGGUGACGACGUCUUGAGUUGUUUCUCUAUCCAAUGUGGAGAAUGCUUCUACUGUCAACAUGGCUUGACUGGACAAUGUGUCAAGACUAAUACUUUUGGUAAGCCUGGUUUGGAUGGUGGACAAGCUGAGUAUGUACGUGUUCCAUUUGCGGAUCAUGUACUUGUUAAAAAACCAGCAAGCUCCAGCACUGAUGACAUUGACGACUCGGUGUACUUGCUCAUGGCUGAUAUUUUUGUUACUGGGUAUUUCGGGGUGAAGAAGAUUGUCGAUUUUUUCAAAAUGCAACCUGCUCAGGGAUACAAGACACAACUGAUUGAAGAAGUGUCGGUUUUGCAAAUUGGUGCUGGACCAGUGGGUCUUUGUGCAUUACACGUAUUGAAGUACUUUGGCUUUAAGAAAAUUGUUGUUGUUGAUAGUAUACCAUCACGAUUAGAAGCAGCCAAGAAAAUUGGCGCAUACAAGACGAUCAAUUUUGAAACGGAGGCCAAUGGAGUAGCUGAUUUCGUUGCCCAAGACUUGAAUGGAGUAGGAUUCGAUGCCGUAUUGGAAGUAGUGGGUGCGGAAUCGUCAAUGAAGUCGGCGUUUGAUGCUGUACGUGGAAACGGAUUCAUUUCAGCAUUGGGUAUGGGACACGGUCCAUUCCCCUUUGAUGCGUUGCAGGCGUAUUUGAAAAACCUCAAUCUUUCAUGUGGAAGAUGUCAUGGGUAUGCAUUGUUUCCUGAGGCGUUGAACAUUUUUGAGACGAUGAAGGAUAAGUUGACUGAUUUCAUCGAUCACAAGACUUCAAUCGAUAAUGCCAAGGAGGCAUUUAAGUUGUUUGAUGAGCACAAGGUUAAUAAAGUGGCGUUUGAUUUUAGAAGUAAGGAAUAA